AUGCAUCAUCCGUUUGGGAAAGAGGAAACCGCUUCCCAGAGGGAGCUGUUUGGGUUUUUCUGUGAGUGCCUGCAGCGGGGAGAGUGGGAGCUGGCACAGGCCUGUGUGCCUCAGCUACACGCGGCGCAAGGGGACAUCCCCAAGCAGGUGGAGGACAUUCUACGGGCGCUGGUGGCGUGUCCCCAUCAGCUGAGAUGUGGACCAGACAUCAACCCUCAAAGAUUAGCCUGGGUCUGGCUUCUUGUACUGGAGAAGUGGUUUGCCCAAGAAAAAAAGUUACUCCCAGCUGUUUUCCGGAGAAAGCUAGAAUUUCUUUUAUUAUCGGAAGACCUUCAAGGUAACAUUCCAGAGGACAUCCUCAAGGAGCUGUAUGAGGCUUUAUCACAAGACACCGCAGACCCCGUGCUUGACGAAAAUCGAAGGCCGGAGAGCCGGACCCUUUGGCUCAGCUCAGAAGCUGUCUCUGUGCUCCUGGAUCUUCUGAGCCAGGCUUCCCAGCCAGCGCAGGCCCUGCUGGAGCUUCUGCUUAGGGAAGACGAUGGCCCCGGCCCUGGUGGCUGGCCUCUGCAGAAGGCACUGGUGGACCUCAUUCGAAAGGCACUGCGAGCUUUGCAGGACGCUGCCCCUGGGUCCCCGGGGGGCGUGGAGGCCAUCUACGGAGCCCUGCGGACUCUGCGUUGCCCUGCAGAGCCCCCGGGGGCUGAGCUGCGUCUCCUGUGUGAGGAGCUACUGGAGGCCUGCAGGACUGAGGGGAGCCCCCUGCAGGAGGAGCGGCUGCUCAGCUGCCUGCUGCACAAGGCCGGGCGGGGCCUGCUCUCCCUGUACGGCCAUGCCUAUGCAGAGAAGGCUGCAGUGAAGCCACUAAAGGCCUUCUCGUUGGGAGAAGUCUCAGCGGAUCAUCUAGAUCCCGAGCGGGCAAUGCUAGCCUUGUUCUCCAAUCCCGACUCAGCCGAGGCUUGGAAACUGGCCUAUUUCUACUGCCUGAGCAACAGCAAACACUUCCUCGAGCAGAUCCUGGUGACAGCACUAACGCUGUUGAAAGAGGAAGACUUCCCAAGCCUUGGCUGCCUCCUGGAUAGAGAAUUCAGGCCUCUCCGUCGACUGCUUGUGCUCCUGGGCUGGACACACUGCCAGAGCCUCGCAUCAGCCAGGAGGUUGCUGCAGACACUCCACAGGACCCAGGACCAAGGUGGCGAUAAGCUCCUCAGGGAUGCCUGCAAUGGGCUGUGGGCUCACCUGGAGGUCCUGGAGUGGUGUGUACAGCAGAGCAGCAGCCCCAUACCAAAGAGGGAUCUCUUGUGUCAUUUACACGGUGGAGACAGCCACUCAGUGCUCUACUCUCUCCAUCACCUCACAAACCUUCCAGCCCUCAGGGAGGAAGAAGUUCUCAAGCUCUUACAGAAGGUGCCAGCCAAGGAGCCUCAGCAAGAGCACAACUCAGCGGGUGCUCCGGGCCCUGAGCACCUGAGCCAGUGCCAGAACCUGACACUCUACCGGAGCUUCUGUGCCAUGAAGUAUGCCAUCUAUGCCCUCUGUGUGAACUCACACCAGCACACCCAGUGCCAGGAAUGCAAAGACAGUCUCUCAGAGGACCUGGCUGUGGCUGCAGAGCCAGUGAAUGAUUCCGUCUCCCCCUCAGGUGCUUCAAAUCUCUUCUCAACAUACUUGGCCAGGUGUCAGCAGUAUCUGUGCGGUGUUCCUGACUCUUUGCGCCUGGAACUUCUAGAAAACAUCUUCUCAUUGCUCCUCAUGACCUCUGCCGAUCUUCACCCAGAGCCUCACCUGCCCGAGGACUAUGCUGAGGAGGAUGACAUUGAGGGGAAGGACCCAUUAGGUUUGGGGUCUCCACCAGAGAGCCCUCAGCACAUAGCACAGCCUGAAAGGAAGUCAGAACGGGGUUCCCUGGGAGUCCCCAGGAGCCUUGCUGAUACACUUCCAAGCUGUCUGAAGACAGAGCCAAAAGACAGUUCCCCAGAGCCUCACGGGCACAGCUUUUUGGACCUCGAGCACCUUACCAGUGGUGUCAGCGGGUUCCUGGCUGAUGAGUUUGCAAUGGGGGCCUUCCUCAGGCUCCUCCAGGACCAGCUGGAGGAGCUCAGCAGCCACAGUCCCCCUGACGACCCAACGCUGCCGGAAGGCCAGAACUGCCCGGAGAGCAGACAUGGACCACAGAGCCGCCUGCACCGGUUUUCUAAGGUUCUCUCUGAGGCCCAGUGGAGAUACAAGGUGGUAACAAGCAACCAGAGCUCAGAGGAGCAACCUUUCCGAAGAUACCGGCCCAUCGCCACAUGGCACCCUAGUCUCCGCCGGGGUCGUCGGACACGAAGGAGCCGGGCAGAUGGCCGGGACAGAGGUUCCAAUCCCUCCCUGGAAAGUACAAGUAGUGAGCUGAGCACAAGUACUUCAGAGGGAAGUCUGAACAUCAUGUCUGGAAGGAAUGAGUUGCAGCCCCAAACUCAAAGUUCAUUCAUCCCCAUGAUGUUCUCCCCACCUGAGUCGCUGCUGGCAUCCUGCAUCCUCCGGGGGAACUUUGCAGAAGCCCAUCAGGUGGUGUUCAUGUUCGACCUGAAGUCCUCGCCCAGCUCAGGGGAACUGAUGUUCGUGGAGCUCUACCAGGAGGUGAUCCAGGAGCUGGCCCGUGUCGAGCACAAGAUUGAGAACCAGAACUCAGACGGGGGUAGCAGCACCAUUCGAAGAACUGGCAGUGGCCGCUCAACUCUACAGGCCAUUGGCAGCGCUGCGGCGGCAGGGAUGGUAUUUUAUUCCAUCUCGGACGUGACCGACAAGCUGCUCAGCCCCUCUGGAGACCCCAUCCCCGCGCUCCAGGAGGACUUCUGGAUAAGCAGCACCCUGCUGGAGCCCACUGACCCCCUGCGAGAGGUUCUGGAAGAGCUCAGUCCCCCCGCCAUGGCUGCGUUCGACCUCGCUUGCUCUCAGUGCCAGCUCUGGAAAACCUGCAAGCAGCUCUUGGAAACGGCUGAGCGACGUCUGAACAGCAGCCUUGAGAGCCGGGGUCGGCAGCUAGACCAUGUCCUCCCCAGUGCUGAUGGCAUUCGAGGUUUUCCAGUUGUUCUUCAGCAAAUCAGUAAGAUUCUCAAUUAUUUACUCACAUCAGCCGGACAAACUAAAUCAGAGAGCAUAGAAGAAAAAGGAGGAGGCCUUCCCCGGUGCAGCAUUGCCGAGCUGCUUCAGACGUGCUGGCCCAGCCUCACUGAGGACUGCGCCGCCAGCCAUGCCACCCUCUCCCAGCAGCUGGACCAGAUCCUUCAGUCGCUGAGGGAGGCACUGGAGCUGCCAGAGCCAAGGAGUUCUCCGCUCUCGUCCCUGGUGGAACAGGCGGCCCAGAAAGCUGCGGAGACAGAGGCCCACCCUGUGCACAUCCAGACUGAGCUCCUCCAGAAGACCCUGGGCAGACAGGCCCCCGUGGGCAGCGGGCAGACAGACUACAUGGGCACCUUCUCCAGUUACUGCAGCACCUUGGCUGCAGUUCUUGUUCAGAGUCUGCGCUCUGAGCCUGAUCAUGUGGAGGUCAGAGUUGGAAAUCCCUUUGUUCUCCUGCAACAAAGCUCUUCCCAGCUGGUGUCGCACCUCCUGCUUGAGCGACAAGUUCCACCAGACAGGCUAGCAGCCCUUCUGGCCCGAGAGGGACUCAGCCUGAGUGUGCCUCAGGUCAUCGUCAACUGCUGCUGUGAGCCCCUUGCCCUAUGCCCUUCCCUGCAGAGCCAGCAGAUGUCAUCUCUCCUGACCCACCUGGGCGUCCUGGCCCAGCUGCACACCUCCCACUGCCUGGAUGACCUACCCCUUUCUGCACAGAGCUCCCCAAAGCCAACUGAGAACCCCACAUCAGAGAAAAAGCCCAGCUCCUCCUCAAAGGAUUCAUCACCCUCAGCCCUUACCUCCUCUGCCUUGGCCUUCCUUAAAUCCCGCUCUAAGCUGCUGGCUACAGUGGCCUGUCUGGGGGCUUCCCGGGGAUCAAAGGUCACCAAGCCCAGCUUGUCAUGGAAGGAGCUUCGUGGCCGCAGGGAGGUACCUCUCACUGCAGAACAGGUAGCCCGGGAGUGUGUUCGCCUUCUGGAACAGUUCCCUAUGUUGGAGGCCUCGCUCCUGGCCGCCUGGGAGCCCCUCCGAGGGUCCUCCAAGCAGGAGCAGAGUCUGGCAGCGAGUCUCUGUGGCCAGGCUAGUCUCUCUACUGUCCUCCUGGGCCUGCAUUCUCCUGUUGCCCUGGAUGUGCUCACUGAGGCCUUCAAGGAAGCCCUGGUGGCCAGAGAUUGGCCCCGGGCCCUUCAGCUCACUGAAGUGUACGGUCGAGACUUGGACGACUUGAGCAGCAUACGGGAUGCAGUCCUGAGCUGUGCUGUGGCAAGUGACGAAGAAGGUUGGCAGUACCUGUUUCCUGUGAAGGAUGCAUCUCUGAGAAGUCAGCUAACCCUAAAGUUUGUGGACAGGUGGCCCCUGGAGUCGUGCCUGGAGAUCCUGGCCUACUGCAUUUCAGACACAACUGUCCCAGCGGAACUAAGGUGUGAACUACAGAGAAAGCUGGCGGAGCUGCAAAUGUAUCAGAAGAUUCUAGGUUUGCAGGCUACCCCAGUGUGGUGUGACUGGCAGACCCUGAGGAACUGUUGUGUUGACGACCCAUCAGCUGUCAUGAACGUGAUUCUAGAAGCAAAGGAGUAUGGACUGUGUGAGGAGUGGGGCUGCCUCUACCCCAUUCCAAGAGAACACUUAAUCAGCCUACAUCAAAGGCAUCUUCUUUAUCUUCUAGAAGGAGGAGAUCAUGAAAAGGCUCUGCAGCUUCUGCGAAGAAUUCCUGACCCCUCCAUGUGCCUUGAGGUCACAGAGCAAUCCCUCGACCAACACCCUAGCUUGGCCACAUCUCACUUCUUGGCCAACUACCUCACCACCCACUUCUAUGGAAAACUGACUGCUGUUCGACACUGUGAAAUCCAGGCACUGUACAUGGGAUCCAAGGUUCUGCUGACCCUGCCUGAGCAGCACCGGGCCAGCUAUUCCCACUUGUCCUCUAAGCCCCUGCUCAUGCUAGAGCAACUGCUCAUGAACAUGAAAGUAGACUGGGCCACCGUGGCUGUGCAGACUCUGCACCCACUGCUAGCCAGGCAGGAGAUCGGCUUCACCAUGGACGACGUUGACUCACUGCUCUCCAGAUACGCGGGGAAAGCCCUGGACUUCCCAUACUCUCUGAGGGAGAAACGAUCAGAUUCUGAGAUUCACCUCCAGGAAACUGUGGGUCAGGCUUCCGACCUUGAGACCUUGACUAGGUCACCAUCAGCAGAGUUCUCUCCCACUACGGCUCCUGGGCAGGGUGUCGCCAUUGUACGUUCCCCCAGUCCGAAGGAGAGGAGUGUCCCACAGAGCCAGCCCCCGCUGGAGUUUGUGCCCCCAGCGACGCCCCCGGGCAAGCACCAGUGGGUACCGGAUGAGAGCGAGAGCCUCUGCAUGGUCUGCUGCAGGGAGCACUUCACCAUGUUUAACAGACGUCAUCAUUGUCGCCGCUGUGGCCGGCUAGUGUGCAGUUCCUGCUCCACUAAGAAAAUGGUUGUGGAAGGCUACAGAGAGAACCCUACUCGCGUGUGUGACCAGUGCUACGGUUACUACAACAAAGAUGGGCCAGAGGAGAAUCCAGGACAACCAGAAGCCCCGGACAGUGCCAAGAAUGAAAGCCCACCAUAUUCAGCUGUGGUCAGAGUCCCCAAAGCACCUGAGGUAGAAUGGAUUUUGGACUUGAAUGAGGAGGAAAAUGAGCUGGUGCGGAAUGAAUUUUACUAUGAGCAGGCCCCCAGCGCCUCCUUGUGCAUCGCCAUCCUGAAUCUGCACCGGGACAGCGUCGCCUGUGGCCACCAGCUGAUUGAGCACUGCUGCAGGCUGUCCCAGGGCCUCGCCAACCCAGAGGUGGACGCAGGGCUGCUCACAGACAUCAUGAAGCAGCUGCUCUUCAGCGCCAAGGUGAUGUUUGUCAAGGCCGGCCGCAGCCAGGACCUGGCUCUUUGUGACAGCUACAUCAGCAAGGUAGACGUACUGAAUAUUUUAGUUGCUGCUGCCUAUCGCCACGUGCCAUCUCUGGAUCAGAUCUUGCAGCCGGCUGCAGUAACCAGGCUAAGGAACCAGCUUUUGGAAGCUGAGUACUACCAGCUAGGCGUUGAGGUCUCCACAAAGACUGGGCUGGAUCCCACUGGGGCAUGGCAUGCUUGGGGAAUGGCCUGCCUCAAAGCUGGGAACCUCACCGCCGCACGGGAGAAGUUCAGUCGUUGUCUGAAGCCUCCUUUUGACCUCAAUCAGCUGAGUCAUGGCUCAAGACUGGUACAGGAUGUGGUUGAGUACUUGGAGUCCACAGUGAGGCCACUCCUAUCCUUGCAAGAUGAUGAUUACUUGGCCACCUUGAAAGAACUGGAAGCUACCCUUCGGACCCAAAGCCUCUCUCUGGAGGUGAUCCCUGAAGGGAAGAUCAUGAACAACACCUACUACCAAGAAUGCCUCUUCUACCUGCAUAACUAUAGCACCAACCUGGCCAUCGUCAGCUUCUACGUGAGGCACAGCUGUCUACGGGAAGCCCUGCUGCACCUGCUCAACAAGGAGAGUCCUCCAGAAGUCUUCAUAGAAGGCAUUUUCCAGCCAAGCUAUAAAAGUGGAAAGCUACACGUUUUGGAAAACUUGCUAGAAUCCAUUGAUCCAACCUUGGAGUGCUGGGGAGAGUACUUGCUCGCCGCCUGCCAGCAUCUGCAGAAGAAGAACUACUACCACAUUCUGUACGAGCUGCAGCAGUUUAUGAAGGACCAAGUCCGGGCUGCUAUGACCUGUAUUCGGUUCUUCAGUCACAAAGCGAAGACAUACACAGAACUGGGAGAGAAGCUCUCGUGGCUGCUUAAGGCCAAGGACCAUCUGAAGAUCUACCUCCAAGAAACCUCCCGCAGCUCCAAGAGGAAGAAAACCAACUUCUUCCGAAAGAAGAUGACUGCAGCCGAUGUGUCCAGGCACAUGAACACACUCCAGCUGCAGAUGGAAGUGACCAGGUUUUUACACCGGUGUGAAAGUGCCGGGACCUCUCAGAUCACCACCUUGCCUCUGCCAACGCUUUUUGGAAAUAACCACAUGAAAAUGGAUGUUGCCUGCAAGGUCAUGCUAGGAGGGAAAAAUGUCGAAGAUGGUUUUGGAAUGGCAUUCCGUGUUCUGCAGGACUUCCAGCUGGAUGCUGCCGCGACCUACUGCAGAGCUGCCCGGCAGCUGGUGGAGAGGGAGAAAUACAGUGAGAUCCGACAGCUGCUCAAAUGUGUCAGUGAGUCAGGCAUGGCAGCCAAGAGUGACGGGGACACCAUCCUCCUCAAUUGCUUGGAAGCCUUCAAGAGAAUUCCACCCCAGGAGCUGGAGGGCCUGAUCCAGGCAAUACACAACGAUGACAACAAGGUUCAGGCCUACCUGACAUGUUGCAAGUUGCGCUCUGCCUAUCUGAUUGCCGUGAAGCAGGAACACUCACGGGCCACAGCCCUCGUCCAGCAGGUGCAGCAGGCCGCCAAGAGCAGCGGGGACGCUGUAGUGCAAGACAUCUGCACCCAGUGGCUACUGACAAGCCAGGCCCGGGGUGCUCUUGGCUCCGGCUCCCGGAAGUGACCACGGGCAGUGGGCCCUGGGAACUGGGACAGGAGUGAUGGGGAUGCUCUCCGCCUCUUUCCUCCUGUGCAGAGAGACUUCUCUGGCUCUGCCCAGGUCGGAAGGAGCUGGAUUGGACCCUCCUUGCCAUCUUGGGCAAAGACCGGGCCUUUCACACAAGUGCCAGGCUUCUCUAGGAUUGUGGACUCUGCUUGUCUGGAGAUGGCCAGCCUUCCUACCUCAGAGUGCAUGCAUGGCGUGCACGUUCCUGCACACUCAUGUUUACGCGCAAGCAUUCCUGAACAAAUGAAACUCUUCCCCACUGAAAAGAGGCACUUUAUUUAGACUUCUGCCUGUCUGGAAACUUCCCUGCGUUUUGGUUCUUAACCCGGGUCAUCCUGUUUGUGUACACAGUCCCCUCUGUAGAGACAUUCCAGUAGCUCCUCGUGACUAAAAGGGUUUUAUCAUGAAUUACAGAGCAGCACCGAACGGAUUGCCUCUUUCCCCUCCCUUGCCUUCCCAGCACUCAGAGAUGGUUUUGGAGCAAAGGCUACCUGUGGAAUAACACUGCUCCAAGUGUCUCUUCUCAAAGCACAAGGAGUUACCCUGAGUCUUUGGAUGGUAGUCUGAACAGAAGGGUCCUCCCUCAGGUGCUGGCAUCUGAAAGCUGUGGGUGCACAUACAAGUGAUCGGGUCUGGAACCUCAGACACGACAGGAGGAGCACCACUGACUUCAUCCAACAGGGAGAGAAAGGCCAGCCUCUCCAAACGGGAAUGCAGGGGUUGCUUACAAGCACAGAGCCAGCUUCUGUGACUAUCCCUGCUGUAAAGUGAGAGGAUGUGGCUCCCUCUUUGAGAGUCUGGGGCGAGAAAUGGUAGCCAGAAUCUUAGAAUGAAUGGCUAGACUUUGCCUAUUUGAGUGACAGUCCUAUUCGUGCCCCUUCAACUGGUUAGGAAACCACUUCCUCUCCUCUCCUUCUUCUCUCCAAACUCUUCAGGGCCUCAGGGCGAUAUGCAGAGACCCAGGGUCAGGACAGGGCAGUGCCUUCUCUGUCUCAACAGAGAAGGGGGUCAAGGGUUUGCUUUGAAGGUGGCCUGCAGACAAGAAUCAGACCAGGGGACAAUGAAUAGGUCCCAUCCGGCUGGUGAAACGAGGUGAUGUGCUCCUUUCAUGUGGGCUUGUAUUCCCACCUGAGAUGUGACAGUGUUUUAGAAAGGGUCUGUCGUGCUCAGUGACGUGGAUUUGCAAAGGAGAGGCCCAAGAGCAGCUCACAGCUCUGAGCUUCCCACCGGCCAGAGCUCAGCCUGUUGAGCUCACAUUUGCUGCUGAGACAAACAGGAACCAGAAGCGAAGUCAGCAUCUCUGGUGCUUAGAACCCUGUGCAUUUCCCUCGGAGCCAGGUGUUUUGAUAGUAAAAUAAACAAGUAUUAGGCAUCUACCAGGUUCAGAGUUUUCAUCCUGAUGGCAGGAAGUCUGCAAACAAAAUAAUUGAUCCCUUUUGGGGAAAGUUGGACAAGUGGCUUUUCCUUUGAGUCAGAAUGCACCUGUCUCCCGGGAAACGUCAUUCCCUGGUAUCUGCUUGCCCCUCUGAGCCUGCCCUUUUUGCACUGAACAUAAGCACUUUAUAUGAAUGGUCUGCAGAUUUCGCAGCCCUUAACUUGGGAUGUUAAACCAGAUUUUCCUGACUUUUUUCCUCCAACUAGUUGAGCUAUAACAUAGGCAACCAUUGGCUAGACUGGCAUAAGAUGAGGUUAAAGGCCUUUGAGCGUCACACUGUGGUCUCCAGCAAAACAAACAACAUGUGGAAGGGUUGAAUGUUUUACUACAAGCAGCCACAAUAAAGUCUCUGUCCUACCA